AUCAUCAUUUCUUGAAAUUAAUAAACAUGGCUACGACGGCGGCUAGCGUUCCGAUGGAAGAAAAUGAACAACAAGAUGCAGUUGCAGAAGAAGUUUUACGAAUGUCUACAGAUGAAAUCAUUAGCCGAACCAGACUCAUGGAUAAUGAGAUAAAAAUAAUGAAAAGUGAAGUUAUGAGGAUUUCUCAUGAACUUCAAGCUCAGAAAGAGAAGAUCAAGGAAAAUAAUGAAAAAAUUAAAGUUAAUAAGACCCUUCCAUAUUUGGUAUCAAAUGUUAUAGAACUUUUAGAUGUUGACCCGCAAGAGCUCGGGGAAGAAGAUGGAGCAAAUGUUGAUCUAGAUUCGCAACGGAAAGGAAAAUGUGCUGUGAUCAAGACAUCUACUAGGCAGACAUAUUUUCUACCAGUUAUUGGUUUGAUAGAUGCUGAAAAGUUAAAGCCAGCAGACUUAGUUGGUGUGAAUAAAGAUUCUUAUCUCAUUCUUGAAACACUACCUCAAGAGUAUGAUUCUCGUGUGAAAGCUAUGGAAGUUGACGAAAGACCAACUGAACAGUACAGUGAUAUUGGAGGUUUAGAUAAACAAAUUCAGGAGUUGAUUGAAGCUGUUGUUCUUCCCAUGACUCACAAAGAGAAAUUUGAAAAUCUUGGUAUUCAGCCUCCAAAAGGUGUUUUACUGUAUGGUCCACCUGGAACAGGAAAAACUUUAAUGGCCAGAGCUUGUGCAGCACAAACAAAAUCAACAUUUUUAAAGUUAGCAGGGCCUCAGCUAGUGCAAAUGUUCAUUGGUGACGGUGCAAAACUUGUUCGAGAUGCAUUUGCUUUGGCUAAAGAGAAGGCACCUGCAAUCAUAUUUAUAGAUGAAUUAGAUGCAAUAGGUACUAAGCGUUUUGACAGUGAAAAGGCUGGUGAUCGGGAAGUGCAAAGGACUAUGUUGGAGCUUUUAAAUCAGCUAGAUGGUUUCAGUUCCAGUACAGAUAUAAAGGUUAUAGCUGCUACAAAUAGGGUUGAUAUCCUUGAUCCUGCUCUUCUUCGAUCAGGAAGAUUAGAUAGAAAGAUAGAAUUUCCUCAUCCGAAUGAAGAAGCUAGAGCAAGAAUUAUGCAAAUCCAUUCAAGAAAGAUGAAUGUUGAUCCUGAUGUAAACUUUGAAGAAUUGGCUAGGUGCACAGAUGACUUCAAUGGUGCGCAAUGCAAAGCUGUUUGUGUAGAAGCUGGAAUGAUUGCACUGAGGAGGGGAGCUACUGUUGUAACACAUGAAGAUUUUAUGGAUGCUAUUCUGGAAGUUCAAGCUAAAAAGAAAGCUAAUUUGAACUAUUAUGCUUAAGUGUCUAAAUUAAAAUUCUUGUAGUUCAUUUUUUUAUGUUCAUUCAUGUUUUUUAACUGUGCGCUGAAAAUAAAUUAUAUUUUCAUUGGUUAAAAA